AACAGGACUGGGCCCAGGGCACAGAGACUCCCUUGCCAGGCCUUUUCCCUUAGUUGCUCCUCCCUUGUCACUUCUACUCCGCCCUCUACUGCCCUAAACUGCUUCCUGGGCCGGGACUUUGUUUUUUUCCUGCCCUAGUUGGGGGCGUGGGGAGGGUGUCGCAGCCCCAGUCGCCUUGGGAGACAUGGAGCCCAGGAGGGUGGCUCCUGGGGCGCACGACUGGGGGCCUCGGGUGGACGCGGGGUCCGGGACGGCCGCGGAGCUCGUGUACCACCUAGCGGGGGCCCUGGGCACUGAGCUGAAGGAGCUGGCGCGCCGCUUCGGGCCGGAGGCUGCGGCCGGGCUCGUGCCGCUCGUGGUGAGGGCGCUGGAGCUUCUGGAAAAGGCGGCCGUCGGGCCCGCCCCAGACUCGCUGCAGGUAUCGGCGCAGCAGGCCGAACUGGAGCUGCGGCGGCUGCGGGAGGAGAACGAGCGCCUCCGUAUAGAGUUGCGCUCUGGGCCACAGGAAGAGCGCGCUCUGCUGCGGCAGCUCAAGGAGGUGACCGACCGCCAGAGAGACGAACUCCGAGCUCACAACCGUGACUUGCUGCAGCGCAGCCAGGAGACCGAGGCGUUGCAGGAGCAGCUGCAGCGCCUCCUGCUGGUGAAUGCGGAGUUGCGGCACAAGCUGGCCGCCGUGGAAACCCAGCUGCGCGCCGCGCGGGACCGCGAGAGCGAGCGAGAGCUGCAGCGCGAAGCGGCCGUGGGGCCGCCUCCAGAGCGGGCGCGGGGCCAGGCCGGAGGUCCCGUGGGUGAGCAGGGUCAAGAGCCCGAGCGGGGGGCCCCCGACGCCGGAACCCAGGGGACCCCUGAGAACCCGGUGAGUGCCAUAGGUGGUCAGGGACUCGUGGGCGCUCGGGAAAGGUUUGCUGUGCUGCGUAGCCGGGCCACCGGGAAAUUGGAAGGCGGUACGAGCCAGAGCACUGGUCUGGCAUCCCUUGGAGUGCCCUGGCCUCUCAAGUCUCCCAGCGGGUCGCGGGGGGCACAUCAGCUCCAGCCGCGGCGCCCCCACACCUGUCUUUCCGCAGACGGACGCCCCGCCGCAGCCAGGGCGCCCCCCCAAGGUGGGGCAGUGCAGCUUCAGUCGAGCGGAGGUUGAGCAGAUCCUUCAGGAGCGGAAUGAGCUCAAAGCCAACGUGUUUCUGCUGAAGGAGGAGUUGGCCUACUUCCAGCGGGAGCUGCUCACAGACCACCGGAUCCCAGGGCUUCUGCUUGAAGCCAUGAAGGUGGCUGUCAAGAAGCAACGGAAGAAGAUCAAGGCCAAGAUGUUAGGGACCCCAGAGGAAGCAGAGAGCAGUGACGAUGAGGAUGGCUCCUGGCUCCUGCUCUCCAGCGACAAGGGAGACCACCCACCACCUCCACCCCCUGAGUCCAGAAUACGGAGUUUCUUUGGCCUGUGGUAUCGGGGUGAAGCAGAAGCCCCUGAAGCUGACGCCAGCAGUGCAGCUCCCAGAGAGCUGCGAGCAGGAGAGGAGGCCACAGCACCACCCCAUUUGGACCCUGUAGGCAGCCUGACAGCCCCCAGCUCCUGACCGGCCCUGCUCUGCUCUUGAUGAGUAUCUUCCACUGGGGCAUCAGUUGCCCAAGAGACCUGACUUUGGAGUCUGUCUGUGGGUGAAUGUGUGCCCUCGCAUGAGGCCAGGGUGCCCUCCUUCCCCCCCAAGCUCGCUGCUGUCUUUUCUCUAUCUCUUUUUUUGGGGGGGUGGGGGUUGCACCCAUGACACAUGGAAGUUCCCGGGCCAGGGAUCAAAGCUGCGCCACCGCAGAGACUGGAGCCACUGCAGUGACUAUGCCCAAUCCUUAACCCUCUGAGUCACAAGGGAACUCCCCAAAGCUCUUUUCUAAUCCCGGCCUGAGCCAGGGCGUGCCGGGGAGUUCAGCCUACCUUCCUUCUUAUAUCUCUGGGCCCAGCCUCGGGGCCACAUGAAAGUGCUUCUUCUCCGAGAGUUUCCCCCUCCAUGAAAUGGAGAGCUGACUUCCUCCCUCCCGGGGGUUGGUACGGAUGGCCUAAGCUAAUUAUAAUAAAGCAACUGCCCUUGAUACCCAGAAACUGCUCCACGUCUGUCUGUCCGUGGCCUGCCCCUGCUCAGCUCUUCCCGGAAGUUCCCCUCGGUUGUCACCGAGUGGGGAAGCUUCUCCCGGCUCGGGCUUCCCUUGGGGAAUGUGACCAGGAACAUCCAUGGCGCACCCCCUUGCCUGUCACCAAUACUGAGACUUACAGCCCCGUCUUCCUGCCCCCUCCAGACUGAAAGCAGCCCCCGAAGCCCCGACUCAGCCCUCGCCGUUGGCCUUCCUUUCAGUGCUGGGCGUCUGGUCCUCUCUGUGCCUGCCCAGCCUCUCAGGGAGGUGCCUCAUGGCAGCCCGCCCCUCCGGCCUGGUUUCCUCAGGAAAAGCCUUGGGAGGAAGCAGGGAGGGGGUUGGGAGCUGUGGGGGCCAGACUGGGCUGAACCCUCCAGCUGCACCGGCUGCCAUGGGGCCGAGGCUGUUGUUCCCUCUGCUGCUGCUCUGGACCUGGGGGACCCGGGGGUCUGAGCUGGACCCCAAUGGGCUGCACGUCUGCGUGGCCAGCAGCCCCUCUGCUGAGCUCCAGUGCUGCCCAGGCUGGAGGCAGAAAGAUCAAGAAUGCACCAUCCCCAUCUGCGAGGGGCUGGAUGCCUGCGGGCAAGACGAGGUAUGUGUGAAACCAGGCCUCUGUCGAUGCAAACCUGGAUUCUUCGGGGCCCAGUGCAACUCCCGCUGCCCUGGCCAGUACUGGGGCCCCGACUGCCGGGAGACCUGCACCUGCCACCCGCACGGCCAGUGCGAGCCAGCCACGGGCGUGUGCCGCUGCCAACCCGACCGCUGGGGCAGCCGCUGCGAGUUCCCGUGCGCCUGCGGCCCGCACGGGCGUUGCGACCCCGAGACAGGCGCGUGUCACUGCGAACCCGGCUGGUGGUCGUCCACGUGCCGCCGCCCGUGCCAGUGCAACCCGGCGGCCGCGCGCUGCGAUCCGGCCACCGGUUCCUGCCUAUGCGAGCCCGGCUGGUGGGGCCGCCGCUGCAGCUUCCGCUGCCCCUGCCACGGCUCGCCGUGCGCACAGGAGUCGGGCCGCUGCGCCUGCCGGCCGGGCUGGUGGGGCCCUGAGUGCCGGCAACCGUGCGAGUGCGUGCGCGGCCGCUGCAGCGCCGCCUCCGGCCAGUGCAUCUGCCCGCCCGGCUUCCGCGGAGCGCGCUGCGAGCUGCCCUGCGCCCCUGGCCGCUACGGGCCGCAGUGCCGCGACAGCUGUGGCCACUGCAAGCAGAAUGAGCCGUGCUCUGCAGACACAGGCAGGUGUGAGUCCUGCGAGCCCGGCUGGAAUGGGACUCAGUGCCACCAGCCCUGCCCUCCUGGUACCUUUGGUGAGAGCUGCAGGCAGCAGUGCCCCCACUGUCGGCUUGGGGAGGCCUGUCAGCCAGACACCGGGCACUGUCAGAGCUGUGACCCUGGCCGGCUGGGGCUCAGGUGCGAAGACCCCUGCCCAACUGGCACCUUUGGGGAGGACUGUGGCUCUACCUGCCCCACCUGUGUCCAGGGGGCCUGUGAUGCUGUGACUGGGGAGUGUGUCUGCAACACCGGCUACUGGGGGCCCAGCUGCAACAUUUCGUGCCCAUCUGGCUUCCAUGGAAACAACUGCUCUCUUCCCUGUGAAUGUCCAGAGGGAACCUGCCACCCUGUCUCUGGGGCCUGCCAGCUGGGAUCUCGCGGCCAGGAUGCCGCCCUCAUCGCGGGCAUCCUUGUGCCUCUGCUGCUGCUCCUCCUGGCCGUCGCCUGCUGUGCCUGCUGCUGCUGGGCUGCCCGGUUGGACCCCAAGGACAGGCCAGCGGGAGACGGAACUGCUAUGUCCAGGAUGAAGCUGCAGGUCUGGGGGGCACUGACUUCCAGCCUGGGCUCUGCCCUGCCCUGCGCGUCCCUCAGCAGCCACAAGCUUCCCUGGGUGACAGUCUCGCACCACGAUCCGGAGAUCCCGUUCAACCACAGCUUCAUAGAGCCGCCUUCUGCGGGCUGGGUCUCCGACGACUCCUUCUCUUCGGAUCCCGAGUCUGGUGAGGAGGAGGGUCCUGCCUACUGCGUGCCACCCCAAGAAGGGAUGGUCCCUGUGGCCCAAGCGGAGUCACCCGAGGCCGGCCUGGCCGGAGGUGCCUUCCCUCCCCCCGAGGAUGCCUCCACGCCCUUCGCCAUCCCGCGCACGUCCAGCCUAGCUCGGGCCAAGCGGCCCUCGGUCUCCUUUGCUGAAGGGACCAAGUUUGCACCGCAGAGUCGCCGAAGCUCCGGGGAGCUCUCCAGCCCGCUCCGAAAGCCUAAGAGGCUCUCCCGGGGGGGCCAACUAGGUCCCGAAAGCCAGGAGCCCGAAGAGGCCACAGGCCCAGAGCAAACGGAAACGGACGGGGCCCCGCCUGGUGCUCUUGGCUCCAGGGAUUCAGCCAUUGGCCGCCACCGGCUCCCGCUUGGUGGCCGGACGGUGGCUGAGCGUGUGGAAGCCAUCGAGGGCAGUGUCCAGCAAAGCGCAGGGUCUGUGACCACAAUCUACAUGCUGGCAGGGACACCCCGGGGAUCUGAGGGUCCUGUCCGGUCUGUCCUCCGCCGUUUUGGUAGCUUCCAGAAAGGCCAGGCAGAGCCCAGGGUCAAGAGCGCCAUUCCUAAGCCUCCACGCAGGGCCCUGAGUCGGAAUAAGGGCAGCACUGGGCUGGCCUCUGGCUCUGCCAGUCCGAGCUCGGGCUCAGCCCCAAAUGAGGAGGUGACCAGGGCCUCGGCAUCUGCAGGGACUGGGCCAGAGGAAGUGGCCGGGGGGCUGGGGGAUGGCAUCGAGAGCUCAGGGAGGGGCCAGGAGCUGGCCCCUGAGAGUGGCCGCCUAGACCAGGGUCCCCAGAAGCCGGCAGACGAGGGAAGCCGGGAGGAGCCCCAGUAUGAGAAUGUCGCACCCAUCUCUGGGCCACCGGAGCCCUGAGGACCCUGCAUUUCGGCAGUGGGAAGACUGUGGACGGGGCCGGGCGUCCGACCUGCCCCUGGAUCAGAUUGUGUUUUGUGCUGGAAAAAGAUCCCGGGACCAGGAAAGACAUGCCGGAGCCUCUGCCCUGCUCAGGGACAUGUCAGAGCUGCAGGCCAGCUGGCUCUGGGCCCUGGCAGUGCUCAGGGAGUGGUCUGGGAGGCCUGGGCAGAGACCCCACAGGAUGCUGUCAGGAAGGGGAAAGAGAUGGCUGCAGGGACUUUUUCUCUGUUGUCCUGGACUCUGUCCCCAAAGGCUAUUCUUUCCUUCAUGUGCAAAAUAAUUUUCUGAAGUGGGAAACAACCUCAAUGUUUGAUGGUAAAGAGGGGUUAAAGAACCCUUCUUUAUGAAAGAUUCCUAAACAGCUACAGUAAAUCAGGUUGUGGAAGGCUGUUUAACGUGGGAACGUAUUCAUGCUGUACUGUUAAGGGUAAAAAGGAAGUUUGCCUUCACGAAUUUCAUCCCUUUGUGCCUCAGAAUACAUAUUUAGAACUCUUCCAUUUUGUGUAUAUUUUGUGAUUGCUUUAUAUACUCUUUUUUUUUUUUAAAAAAAAAAAAAAAAAAAAGAUGUGUGUGUGAAGUUCCUGUCGUGGCACAGCCAUGGGGACGCAGGUUGGAUCCCUGGCCUCGCUCUGUGGGUUAAGGAUCUGGUGUUGCUGUGAGUUGUGGUGUAGGUCGCAGAUGCAGCUCAGAUCCUGCGUGGCUGUGGCUGUGGUAUAGGCUGGAGGCUACAGCUCCGAUUCAACCCCUAGCCUGGGAACCUCCAUAUGCCUCAGGUGCAGCCCUUGAACGACAGUAAAUAGAUUAAUUAAAAAGCUGGAAUGCGCAUAAAAAAGAUCUGAGGGAGAAGCAUCAAAUGGGGUUUUUCUCUAGGAGAUGAGAUUGUGGCAGGUAUUUAUCUUCUCAAAUUUUUGCAUAAUUUGCAGAUUGUCUACAGUGAACAUUCUUUUCACUUUUCUCACUCGGUUGAAUUAUUUAAAUUAUAAUAAGCAAUGUUCUUUGUUAAAAAUAAAAUGUACUAACAUUACAGACAUGUCUGAAGUAAAAAUGAGAAGUCCCUUCUCCUUGGAGGAUUCUGGGGGCUGAGGGAGGAGCCAGACGUAAUUUCAGGGACUGCCUGUUGGUCUAGUUCUAAAUUCUUUCCUCCCAUACCUGUAUCACCCAGUCAGGAAAUAAAGAGCAAGCCCCUCGGUCCCAGUGGACAGAGCAUCUCAGGAACAGUUUAGAUUCUUCCUUUCAGAUGUUUUUUCUGUGCAAGUGAAAACAAAAGAGCAUACCUUUCGGCGGUUUGUUUUUUACUUAGUAUUUCUUGGCUAUCUUUUGAGUCAGUCAAUAUAAAGCUACCUCUUUUUAUUUAAAAAAAAAAA